AUGAAACCAGAUCAGGACUUGUCUGGCAAGACUGCCUUUAUAACGGGUGGCUCCGGUGGAUUAGGAAAAGCGAUUGCCAACAUACUUGCUGCGCGUGGUGACCAUGUCACAAUAUUCGCGCGACGGCCGGGUCCUCUAGAAGAUGCGAAGAAUGAGAUAGUCGGGAAUUGUGUGGAUGCGGAUCGGCAAGAGAUCAAUGCCGUGGCUGUGAAUAUGGCUGAUGCCUCUGCGGUCUCGGAAGCAUUCAGGUCCCAACCCCGAAUGGCGGAUUUCAUGUAUUGCUGCGCGGGGGGAAACCAUGCUGAGAACGGGUUUUUCAUCGAUCUCAAAGCCACGCAGCUCGAUUCUUGCAUGAAGAAUAAUUAUUAUUCCACUGCUUAUGCUGCCAAGGCCAUGUUGGAUAUCUGGGUUGAGAACGACAAGAAACCUACCGCCAUCGAUAUACCCAAGACCAGAAAGAUUGUUUUCGCCAACAGUGCGGCGGCGUUCUUGGGGUUACCAGGGAGCGUUGCUUAUACGCCCGCCAAAAGCGCAGUCCGAGCCCUUGCAGACACCCUGCGCUUUGAAGUCCUCCGCCACAACUCCUCCAGUACCACCUACACAAUCCACAUCGCCUUUCCGGCCGACUUCAUCUCCCCUGGGUUCGUCCUCGAACAAGACACCAAACCUGACCUCACGAAGCGGAUACAGGGGACCAACGUCGCCACUUUCGCGGAGCUGGAGGAGAAAUUGCCUUCUUCGGAGAAUGUGGCUCAGGGGAUAGUUGCGCGGGUAGAUAAAGGGGAUUUUAUUAUCUGCCAGGAUUCCUUGGCUGCGAGCCUUUUGUUUACGAAUAUGGUUGGAUUGAGCCCGAAGAGAGGACUUGGGAUUGUGGAUUCGUUGUUGAGCGUGGUGAUGGGGUGGUUUAUCGUGCCGGUGUUGAGGAGGAGAUGGGAGAGGAUGUGUAGGGAAGAUGGUAGCAACAACCGGUCACGAUGA